ACGACUUUGUUAUUGUAGCUGCGACACGAUAUCGUAGUAUUCAAAUCAAAUUUCAUUCAAUCAACGUGCGAAUUUAUUAAUCAACUGAAUAUAACGUAAACGAAAAUAGAAAUUAAAAAAUAAUUAAAUAAAAACAACAGUGAAAAUGGUGAAUGCCGAAACAUUAACUGAUGUUCAAAAGAAAAUUUUUGAAGCGAUUCCAACUGGGGAUAUCGGUGAUUUGAAAACACUUUUAGCUCAAUUACAAGGAACAACCGAUUUUGUUGAUGAAAAUGGCAUGACACCAUUGCAGCAUGCAUGCUACAAAGGAAAUACGGAAUUAGUACAAACCCUUUUGGAUCAGGGAGCCGAUGUGAAUUCGAGUAAGCAUGGUGCAAAUUAUACAGCUUUACAUUUUGCAGCUCUGUCUGGAAAUGCCGAGAUUUGUUUGAGACUGUUACAGGUCGGUGCGAAUCCAAGUGCACAAAAUUCUGUGAAUCGUACACCAGCUCAAAUGGCUGCAUUUGUUGGUAAUCAUGCUGUUGUUGCAUGCAUCAAUAACUACAUACCAAAAUCGGAAAUUGAAUAUUUCACAAAGAUUCGAGGUCAACAAACUGAACCAAUAUUACCAGUUAUAUUGUUGGAUUCAAUACAUAAGUUUAUCAUACAGAGUAAUGUGCAUCCAGUUCGAAUUGCGCUUAAUAUACAGAAAUUUGGCACAUUGUCGGAACAUUUAAAAAUCGUUAAAAAAGUGCUUGAACUUUUGACCGAGCGUGAAGUACAGAAACGAAAUGAAAUUAACGAAAUCAUGGCAUUUAAGUAUCACUAUUUGGGUUACAUUGUGGGCGAGAUCAUAAAAUGCCGUGAAUAUUUCCAGUCACGGAAGGAAUCACAAGAUGGUACUGUUACAGCCACCGAUGCCAGUAAAUCGGAUUUUGUCGAAUUAUUUGCCAAGCGGGUAUUAAAGGAGAAUAAACUAGGUCAAUUGGAAUACAUUGAGUCAACUGUACGCGAAUGCGUACGAGAAUUUCCAUUUAGAGAAUCAACGGUUUUCAAACAAGUACUAGUUCAAUUGACUAGCAAAGAUGCUCUACCAGCAUUGGAUGUUAUAAGAGGUUCGAUCAAUGGACAAAGAGGAUUUGUGGAUGACAUCACUUAUUGCAGCACAUGUGGCGAAGAAAAGCCUGAUAAGAAAUGUUCAAAAUGUAAGCAGGUGCAAUAUUGUGACCGUGAGUGUCAACGCCUCCAUUGGUUUGCACAUAAAAAAGUCUGUGCACGUCCGUUAUCAACUCGAAACACUAGUGGCGAAUCCAAACCAGAAAUUGAUUCGGCUGAAAUCAGUGAACAAUUGCAAAACCUCAUCACGCGUUAGUGUUUCCAAACAAAAAUACAAACAAAACAGCGAUUUCACUUAUCGUUUUUUUAAAACAAUUCUCUUAAUCGUGUUUUAAACAUAAAAUUUAUGUAUAUUGUAACUUGAAAUUUCUAGAGACACAAAUUUUACAAUCAUUGGUUUACUUUUUACACUGUCUUUGGUAGAAUAUGUAAAACAAAUGAACCCAAAAAUAUUUAAAAACAAAAAAAAAAGACGAAAGAAUAAAGUUUCGAAAUCAUAUUGAUCCUUUUGAAU